GUGAAAGUGGGCAGGUAGAAUUCUGGAACCUCCCCGACCCUCCGGUGUCUCCAUUCAGUCUGUUUGUUUUUUCUGGUGCCCACCAGUUUCUGAGAGAAAGAAAAAAGAGAAAUAGAAAUUUGUCCCUCCUGUCGGUCUUCUCUGGUGUUGAGAGACGACAGUAAAUCGAAGGAAUUUACGUUGAUUUAGCGGGCAUGGUGCCCAAGUCGGUUGUUGCUAGCUCGACCGUGUGCUCCUCUUCUUCCUCCUUCUCCCCUUUCUCCUCAUCUCCUCAUUUCACGUCAGCCUUAAGACGCAGCCCACUGUGGAGCGCACACCCCAGGGUCUCAACAGCCUGGGUACGGCGAUAUCGCGCCGUUUGGCCAUCCUACGGCAUCACCACGCCGGUCCCGGAUGUUAACCCACAUUUCCCCCUCUCGCAAUCUCCAUAUUGCUUCCAGACGGGCUAUGCCCUUUGCGCCAAACGGGCGCCGCGGCCCUUCCCCCCACCGUUCCUCUCUCCCCCAUCCUCGUCCUUUUCCGACCCCCUGACCACCCACUACCUAAGUCAGGAUAAGAGAUUAUCCGUUCGGGGUGACUUAGUCCGAGGCCUCAACAAUGGCGACGAUGCCGUGCUAGUCGCCGAUAAUUAUCUGGCAGUCAAUGAUGGGGUAGGGGCGUGGGCAACCAAGCCUCAGGGCCAUGCCGCUCUCUGGGCCAGACUACUCCUUCACUUCUGGGCGCUAGAGGUUGAACGCGUCUCCAACACAAGCACGCAGCUUGACCCAAUCGGCUACCUGCAACGGGCCUACGAGGAAACGAUCCAGGCGACCAGCUCCGCGGGCCAGUGGCUGGGGACGACCACCUCGGUUACCGCCCUGUUGCAUUGCACGCGCGACCAUGCCGGCAACGCGAACCCGCUGCUGUAUGUGACCUGUCUCGGCGACUGCAAGAUCUUCGUUAUCCGGCCCCGCGAGAAGACGAUCCUCUUCCGGACGAAGGAGCAAUGGCAUUGGUUCGACUGUCCCAUGCAGCUGGGCACCAACAGCGUCGACACCCCGCGGAAGGACGCGGUGCUCAGUAAGAUCGACGUGCAGGAGGGCGAUAUUGUGCUGGCCGUCUCGGAUGGCAUCGUGGAUAACCUCUGGGAGCAUGAGAUCCUGACCACCGUAUUGGAGAGCAUCGACAAGUGGCACCAGGGGCGCCACGACAACAAGGAGAUCGAGUGGGCGCCGCCGGAGGUGUUGGCCCACGAACAGAUGGUCUUUGUCGCGAGGGAAGUGCUCCGGGCUGCGUUGGAGAUUGCGCAGGACCCGUACGCGGAGAGUCCGUACAUGGAGAAGGCAAUCGAUGAGGGUUUGGCGGUUCAAGGUGGGAAAAUGGACGAUAUCAGUGUCGUGGUCGGUGCAUGCAGGAGGAGAGACCGGUGAGACUGUUUUCAGCAUUGGAGUAAUUUGCAUAAAAGAAUCCACGGCAUGCCGACUACGAUGGCGUCGGCUAAUAAUUUCGGUUCUCAUACUGGGUUGUCGUGCGUGACUGCGCUGGCUCUUCAGUUUGAUAUCGUGUUGGCAAGGUCAGCGCUCAGUUGCGCUACGGCAACCCUUGGCGUUCGAUGGGUGUCUAUAUGUGUGGCAUAAGGGACGGUGUAUAUAUUGCAUGGUGAUGGGCUUUGAUACCACUUGUUGUUUAGUUUUCUGGGGGACGACAGGGCAGAUCACGAUGUGUGCUUUUCUAUGCUUUCUUUGGAGAUUCAGAUGAUAGACCUACACGU